UAAUUGGUUGGUGCGAACCCCGUGUCCCCCUGAGCCCGCUGGGCCUUCUCGGCGCGCGCGCCGGAGCAGCUUUGAAAGUUGAGGCGAGCAGCGGUCAUGGCGGCUUGGCGGGACCUGGCGAGCGCCUUGCAUCCCUGGUGCCCGCUGGACCUCAGUCCAGAAUGGGUGGCCACAGUAUGGGAACUGGAAUUCACGGAAACUGAGCCUCUGGAUCCCACCAUAGAAGCAGAGAUCGUGCAGACCGGACUGAGCGCAUUCACAAAUCUCUAUGACAGUCUUUUAACUUUUGCUGCUGGAGAGCUUGGAGCUACAGAGAGCAUUUGGACCUUCUUCAUGGAGAACAGCAUUUCCCACAACGCGCUGAUGGCCUUGUUCCAUCACUUCGUUCAGAUGGUCCUUAAGAAAAACGUCAGUGCCCAGCAGCGGGAAUUUGGCCUUCAUGCUGCUGGGCUUUAUUUUCUGCUGUUGGAAGUACCAGGCAGUAUAGCCAACCAAGUUUUCCACCCAGUGAUGUUUGACAAAUGUAUUCAGAUUCUAAAGAAGAGCUGGCCUCAGGAAUCCAGCUUGAAUCAGAAAAGAAAGAAAGAACAACCGAAGAAUUCUCAGGCCAACCCAAGGGAGAGUAGGAAGAGAGGAAGGCCCCCCAGGAAAGAGGAGAUGGAGAUGGAUGAAGUGAUUGAAGAAGAGGAUGAAGAGAAUAUUUUUUUUUCUUCCCGAGACCUUUGUCAAAUUCGAAAUGCCAUCUUUCACGUCUUGAAGAAUUUUUUAAGGCUUCUGCCCAAGUUUUCCCUGAAAGAAAAGCCACAGUGUAUACAGAAUUGUGUAGAGGUCUUCGUUGCAUUGACUAAUUUCGAACCAGUUCUACAUGAAUUUCAUGUUACACAAGCCAGAAACCUUAACCAAGCAAAAUACAUACCAGAACUGGCCUAUCAUGGAUUGUAUUUGCUGUGCUCCCCAAUUCACAGAGAAGGAGAUAAGGUUAUCAGAUGUGUUUUCCAUCGAAUGCUCUAUGUAAUAUUAAUGUUAGAAGUGGGCAAAGGCUCCCAUCACGCCCCCCUUGCCAUCACUUCUCCGGCCAUCAGUGGUAAAAACCAGGCAGUCCAGUUUGUCAGCUCACUUGUGGAUGAGCUAAAAGAAAGUAUGUUUCCAGUCCUUCGUGUCUUACUCCAGCACAUCUGUGUCAAGGUGGUCGAUAAAUCCGAGUACCGGACCUGUGCAGCUCAGUCCCUGGUCCAGCUGCUCAGCAAGCUUCCUUGUGCGGAAUAUGCUUCUUUCGUGGCCUGGCUUUAUGGAUAUUCACGAAAUGCCAAGAUCCCGUACCGGGUGUUCACUCUUGAUGUUGCCUUGGCUCUGCUGGAACUGCCUGAACGAGAGGUGGACGGCAUGCUGCCCCCGGAGCAUCAGAAGUUCCUGAAGCAUAAGUUCUUGGUGCAGGAAAUCAUGUUUGCCCGCUGUGUAGACAAGGCCCCGACUGUGCGCAGCAAGGCACUGUCCAGUUUUGCGCACUGCCUGGAGUCCUCUGCUACAGCCGCGUCAGAGAGCGUCCUGGAACUUCUGGCUAACGCUCCUGCAGUUUCAGGAAUAGAGAGCCACCAUGACACUUCACUGAAAAAUUCAUCAGCUUUUUCCUAUCAGAGGCAGACAUUUAACCCUUCUGGAGGCUCAGAGGUGAUCAAUAUAGACAACAGUGGUGAAACAGCUGGAUAUAGGGGAAGAGGUCUCAUGAUGAUGUUGAGGAGCAGGGUCGGAGACGAGAAGACCAACGUCAGGAAGUCUGCACUCCAGGUCUUAGUGAGCAUUUUGAAGCACUGUGACAUCUCGGGUAUGAAAGAAGAGCUGUCCAUCCUGCAGGACCGGUGUCGGGACCUUGCUGUGUCUGUCCGCAAGCAGGCCUUGCAGUCUCUCACCGAGCUUCUUACGGCACAGCCUCAGUGUGUCCAGGUGCAGAAGGCCUGGCUGGGGGGCGUUGUCCCGGCCGUGAUGGACGGUGAGAGCACCGUGCAGGACAAGGCCCUGGAGUGUCUGGACCAGCUCCUGCUGCAGAACAUCAGGCAUCAUGGUCAGUUCCACUGCGGGGACAACAGCCAGGUGCUCGCCUGGACGCUGCUGACACUGCUGAGCACAGAGUGCCAGGAGCUGGGCCGCUAUUUAAAUAAGGCUUUUCAUGUCUGGUCCAAGAAAGAUAAGUUCUCCUCCACUUUUGUAAGCAAUGUGCUCUCCCACACUGGCAAGGAGCACGCUGCCCCGGCCUGGAUGCUGCUCUCCAAGGUUGCUGGCUCGUCACCCACGCUGGACUACACCCACGUCAUAAAGUCCUGGGAGAAGAUAAGCAGGCAGCAGGACCCCAAUGCAGACACCUCAGGGCACAUCCUGUGUGUUAUCGGGCAUAUUGCAAAGCAUCUUCCUCAGAGCACCCGGAACAAGGUGACAGAUGUUAUCAAAAGUAAGCUGAAUGGAUUCUGUUGGUCACCAAAGUUGAUCAGCCCAGCUGUUGAUACUUUGCAAAGACUCUGUAGAGCAUCUGCAGAGACGCCAGCGGAGGAGCAGGGAUUACUGGUGCAGGCGUGCGAAGACGUGCUCUCUGCCUGUGUGCGCUGCCUCUCCGACAUCGUUCUGAAGGAGGACGGGACCGGGAGGAUGAACGAAGACCUGGCGGUGAAGUACAUUUUCACCUUAGGAGACAUCGCCCAGCUCUGCCCAGCCAGAGUGGACAAGAGAGCCUUCCUGCUGAUGCAAUCCAUCCUGGCUGCUUCCGCCAGCGCGGAGCAUUUGACCACGUCGGACCCAGGCGGCAGUGAGGCCACAUCCUCCCAGCCCAUCUCCCAGUUCCAGGGCUCUGUCAUGCCCUCCGUGAUCAGAGCACAUGCUGUCAUCACCUUGGGGAAGCUGUGCCUGCAGCACGAGGAUCUGGCGAAGAAUAGCAUCCCGGCCCUGGUGCGGGAGCUGGAGGUGUGCGGGGAUGUGGCCGUCCGCAACAACGCCAUCAUCGUCCUGUGCGACCUCUGCAUCCGGUACACGGUCAUGGUGGACAAGUACAUCCCCAGCAUCUCUGUGUGUCUGAAGGACUCGGACCCCUUCAUCCGCAAGCAGACACUCUUCUUGCUCACUAACCUCCUGCAGCAGGAGGACUUCGUGAAGUGGAAGGGCUCCCUGUUCUUCCGGUUCGUCAGCACGCUGGUGGACCCGCACCCAGACAUCGCCAGCACUGGGAAGUUCUGCCUGGCCCACCUCCUGCUGAAGAGGAACCCUGCCAUGUUUUUCCAGCACUUCAUCGAGUGCAUCUUCCACUUCAGCAGCUACGAGAAGCAUGAGAAGUACAACAGGUUCCCCCAGUCGGAGAGUGCUCAGAGGGUCCUGUUCUGCCCUAGAGAGAAGCGGCUGUUCUCACUGAAGGGCAAGACAAACAAGGAGAAGCGGAUGAAAAUCUACAAGUUCCUCCUGGAGCACUUCACAGACGAGCAGCGGUUCAACAUCACUUCCAAAAUCUGCCUGAGCAUCCUGGCGUGCUUUGCCGACGGCGUCCUGCCCCUGGACAUGGAAGCCAGCGAGCUGCUCUCGGACGCGUUUGAGGUGCUCAGCUCAAAGGAGAUCAAGCUGCUGGCGAUGAGGGCCAAACCAGACAAGGACCAGCUCGUGGAGGAGGAGGACCUGGCCCUGGCCAACGUGGUCAUGCAGGAGGCGCAGAAGAAGCUCAUCUCCCAGGUUCAGAAGAGGAAUUUCAUAGAAAAUAUUAUUCCAAUUAUCAUCUCCCUGAAGUCUGUACUAGAGAAGAAUAAGAUCCCAGCUCUGCGGGAACUCAUGCACUAUCUCAGGGAGGUGAUGCAGGAUUACCGAGAUGAAAUCAAGGAUUUCUUCGCGGUUGACAAGCAGUUGGCCUCAGAGCUCGAGUAUGACAUGAAGCGGUACCAGGAGCAGCUGGCCCAGGAGCAGGAGCUGGCGCGGCGGGCCGAGGCGGACGGGGCGGCCGCGAGCGCCGAGGGGGCGCGGGCCGGGCAGGUUGUUCCAAGUUUGGAAUCGCCAGCUCCUGCCGGCCGAGAAAAUGGCACCGUGGGCACCGCCGCCAGCCAGCCGUCCACGUCCAGGCCCCACGCUGCCCACAUGCCUGCACCUCUGUCCCUGGACACCGGGCCACUGAAGAGGCUGGUGCCCAAAGCCAGGCCCAUGUCGCCGAGCACCAUCGCCAUCCUGAAUUCCGUCAAGAAGGCCGUGGAGUCAAGCGGCCGGCAUCGCGGCCGGAGAGUGGGGCUGCCACCCUUCACCAUGUGUCCCGAGAGCCCAGGCGAGCCCCCUGAGCGCGUGUCCUCGCAGGGCUUGGAGCAGGAGUCCAGCGGAGCUCUUGACCUCAUAACGAAGCGGGCGAUCAGCACCCCUGACCGGACCAUCCAGAAUGUCACGUUUGGAGCGGGACUCAGCUACAUCAGCUCACCCCGGACACCCUUUCCCGUCAGAGGCCACUCCCCCCCGGCCAGGUCCACGAGCCGUGCCGGCACCUCAGGAAGUCUGGGCGUGUCGGAGGCCCCGGGCCAGGGGGACAACCUUCUUUGUCUGUCGCUGCCCGACAUGCCGCCCCCGCAGCCUCCACAGUGGAAAGUGACAUCUCCCGCCAGAGGAAAGGACAGCACAGCCCCCAGGAGGUCACGCCGCAAGGCCCCCCUGAAAACAGCCAACUGACCACUGUGCUCCUGGCCCCAGACGCUUCCACCGUGAGCAAAGGGCUCGCCUAGUGAGUCCAGCGCCGCCUAGCUUUUCACCUGUGUGGUUGGUCAACCUUUUCAAUUUCUCCUUAUGAAAUACCUGGUUAAAAAGUGUAAAAUACUAGAGAAAUGCCUUAGGCAUUUAAUACUGUAACUUUACUCCAGAGGGAAGGAGGCUGUCAGAGGGCGGCUUCCCACGCUGCUUCUCCAGGGACCCUUGCUGGACUGGAGGUCCUGCUCUUGCAGAAGGGCCUCUUUCCCCGGCUUCUCCCCACCGUGGUUUGUGACCCUCUUUUCCCCACUUCAGCCAGCCUGUGUCAUGUGCUAAUUGUGUGCAAUAAACCGAGAGAUUUGUGAAUUUAAAAAAAAAGCUUUGAAAAUAUCCAGUCCCUUCUCAUAAGCGCUGUUCUGGUCGUUAAAGAACACAAUCCUUGAGCUUUCUCUUCUGUAAGUCAAGCUUCUGUUAGCUGAUUUCAGUUCGUUAUACUAAGUACAUAGUUUCCCGUAUCUGAUGUCAAAAUCUUGAUUGUAAUAUUUUUUCUAUUCUUAUUUAUAAAUUGCAGACUUUUAAAGCUUUUUCAAAUGAAUAAAAGUACAGCCUUUGAGAAUUUUUAGCG